UCGUUUAAAACAUGGCUUCCAUACGGUCAGCUUAGAACGAGACAAAGAUGCGUCCGCCGAAGGAACAAACAAACCUCAUCUCCUUACAUCGUGGACAACGCGGUGGUGGUGGAACAAAAACAAGUGAUUUUUGAAAACCGGUAGCAGCCGACGCAUCAUGGCGCCGCGAAGGGAUAACAGCGGUAACCUAAACUGGGUGAAAAAAUAUCGAAGAAUUGCAAACAACUGGGUGCAGUCGAAUUUGACAUGGAGCGAAAUCAGCUCGUUACUGACCGAUCCGAAUCGCCUGCCGCUGGUCGGCCUCCUCCUCGUCAUCCUCGAAGUCUUCGUGAACAUACUCGUCGUCCAGAACGUCCGGUACACGGAGAUCGACUGGAAGGCCUACAUGCAGGAGGUUGAGGGCUUCCUCAACGGGACCUUGGACUACUCCAAGCUGCGGGGUGACACCGGGCCCCUCGUCUACCCUGCAGGGUUUGUCUACCUUUACUCGAUGCUGUACUACGCCACAUCGCACGGGACCAACAUCAAGCUGGCUCAGUAUGUUUUCGCUGUGCUGUACAUCGUCCUGCUGGUCCUGGUCUUCAGGAUAUACGCAAAGACCAAGAAAGUUCCGCCAUAUGUGCUCGUCCUCAUCUGCACCACAUCUUACAGGAUACAUUCUAUCUUCAUACUAAGACUGUUCAACGAUCCUGUCGCCAUGGUUCUCCUCUUCGCGAGUAUCAAUUUAUUUUUAGAAAACCGCUGGCAUCUGGGAAGUCUAUUUUAUAGUCUCGCUGUUUCUGUGAAAAUGAAUAUACUCCUUUUUGCGCCCGCAUUGCUCGUCGCUUAUCUCGCCAUUUUGGGAUUUCGGAGAACUGUUGUUCAGCUCGCUAUUUGUGCCGCGGUGCAAGUUGUUUUGGGUCUGCCGUUUCUGUACGGUAAUCCCAUCGCUUAUGUGAAAGGGGCUUUCAACUUGGGCAGAGUAUUCGAAUUUAAGUGGACUGUGAAUUGGAGAUUUUUGCCCGAGGAAGUGUUCCUCAAUCCUUACUUUCACGUCGGGCUUCUCGUUCUGCACUUGGCUGCGCUGGCAUGGUUUCUACCCAGCUGGAUAACUUACUUGAAGUCUUAUGCCAAGUUGAGGCAUGUUGAGAAAGACUUGAAAGGUCAAUUGCGCAGGAACGAGAAAGUCGACAUGUCAACUUCCUCUCAGCUUUUUAUUCUUCCAUUGUUCACUGCCAACUUCAUUGGCAUCGUUUUCAGCCGAUCAUUGCACUAUCAAUUUUAUGUUUGGUACUUUCAUACCCUUCCCUAUAUCGUCUGGUGCACCAGUUACCAAACUGUGACUAAGAUCGUUAUUUUAGGGGUGAUUGAACUCUGUUGGAACACUUACCCAAGCACGAUAUUCAGCAGUGCAGCUUUAUACAUUUGCCACAUUGCUCUUUUAUUUUCCCUGGCUAAUAAUAAAGCUAAGGGUACCAAAGCUCGGUAGGUAGAUCUCCACCAAAAAUAGUCAAACUCUGUGACAAAGACAAAUGUAAUUUAGAAUGCGUCGAGCAAUUUAUCUUAAGGAUUUUUUUUUAAUUAAUAAUGUCAAUUUCUCUGCAAAUUCGAGAGCGAAUAUUUACCUUUAUAUACUUGUGAGAUAGUUUUUAAUGUGUGCAUAUUGUUGGAGUUUUGUUGAAAUCGCAUUGCGAGUGAUGUAAAUAGAUGAAAAAUAAUGAGGUUGCAUCAAUGACUGUUAGUGCCGAUUUUAGAUACUUCAAAAAUCACAUUCAUCGCAAAUAAAAACUUGAAUAAUUUCAUUUAUCACUUCAUUAUCAUUCAAAGUUAAAAAGACAAGCAGAGCUGAUGCAAAUUCCGGGUA